AUGACUCAUCCUAAUAAUCAACAGCCUAAAUCUUUGGAUAAAGAUGAGUUUUUGAGCAAUCCGUGUCGCCAUAGAGACCAGAAACCGAAUUCAUCAGAAAAGAAAAAUAAAGAGUUAGGAAGCAGAGGGCAUAGUUUCCUGGUCAGCUUUAUCCAAAGUCACAACAAAGGAAAUGAAACAAACCGAACAAUCGUUGUGACAUCAGAAACUGAUUUCAAUUUAACUGUUUCACUGCCAGAGAGUCAAACUUCGAGUCUGAUAUCCGUAUAUAGUCAUAGAAAUGGAAACAUCACCAUGAAGAAGUUAGAUGUACACUAUUCUCUUGUUCCUUUUUACUUCACCCCUGAAUAUAAAGCUAUUAUCAUCCACACCUCAGUCCCAACAUCUGUGUUGUCAUAUCACGAUUAUAUUUCAUCCUCGGGUAGCACAACAGUGUUUCCCAUCGACAAGCUUUCAACAUCCUACAUCAUAUCAACAGCGACACCGGCACAUUACACAUUAGACAGUGGAAGUCAUUUCACUGUUGCUUCGAUAAAAGAUAAUUCACUUGUUACCAUAAAGUUUACUACAGAUCAUGACAUAAAUAUAUUACUCCAAGGAAGAAAUUAUGGAAGAGGUGACACAUUCCAUAUAAUUUUGAACAAGUAUCAGACAUUUCAAAUUGGUAUUAAAGCAGAUAUGUCAGGGACAACGAUUACGUCUUCAAAUCCUAUCGCUGUCUUUGCAGGGAAUAGGUGCACCGAUGUUGGGUAUCAUGGAGCCUGCAGCAUGCUUAUGGAAAUGGUUCCCCCAGCUGACAAACUCGACACCAUUUUUAUUGUUCCACCGAACAUUCAUAGAUACCAAUCGCGU